AUGGCAUCGCAUAUGGAUAUCCAAAUCGUUGAAAGUGAUUCAGAGUCAGACAAUAUUGUUCAUGCUAAUAGUUUUAAGGAAAUUGAACAACAUUUAAAUAACUUUGGCAUAGAGUUGAAUAGUCCAGAAGAAAGCCCCAAUGCCCACAUGAAGCUCAAACUUAUAAGAACUCCGGUCUUCCCUAUGGUUAAAAAGCUUCUUACAUUUUUACUCAGAACUGCCAUUUUAGCCAAGGCGCAGGGUAAAGGAAAAAUGAUACUGACUCGAAAAUUCCGUUACCCAUAUCGCUCUACGGUUAGCCGGAUGGUUAAAUAUUUCGCAGUUUUUUGCUUAGCCUUAACCAUUUACAAUGUUGUGGACAUUAGAUGGACUUCAAAAAGAAGGAACAGAAACUGGAUUGAAAGCAAAUCCUAUUAUCCUUACAUAAAAAAUGCCGGUAAAGUAAGCGCUCUAGGCGCGAUGGGUAAGGCUGCUAUGCUCACUGACUUAGAUGAAAUUCGUUUAGCUAAAAAGAUUAAAAAGAAGGAAUCCUUCAACGUUUUACUAAGCAAUCAGAUAGCUUUGAACAGGAGUAUUCCAGAUAAUCGACCGAAAGAAUGUCAUCUUAUAGCGUAUGACCUUGAUCUACCUUCUGCCAGCGUAAUAUUAAUUUUUAAUAACGAAGCUUUAACGGCUAUUCUUCGAAUGAUGUGGAGCAUAAAGAACAGAUCACCUUCAAAAUAUCUUCAUGAAAUUAUUUUAUUCGAUGAUUUCAGUGACAAAGUUGAAUUGAAGGAACCCUUGAACGACUAUGUGAACGAUUAUUUCGGGUCAAAACUGGUUAAAAUGUAUAGGAGUGAAAAAAGGAUAGGCUUAAUCAAGGCCAAAAUUGAGGGCGCUAGAAAGUCAACAGGAGAUAUACUCAUCUUCCUAGAUGCCCAUUGUGAAGUCAACGUUGGAUGGAUCGAACCUUUAUUGCAAAGGAUAAAAGACAAAAGGAACGCAGUAUUAUGUCCUUUCAUAGACACCAUCGAUGAUGAAACCCUAGAAUAUUCCACAGAUCCAGGAUUUAACGUAGGUGGGUUCACUUGGAGCCUCGAUUUCAAUUGGAUACCAGUUUCGCCACGCGUCCAACUUUCUAUAAAAUCUCCGGCUCAACCUAUUAAGUCUCGCUUAUCUCUUAUUUACAUUUCUUCACCAACGAUGGCAGGCGGCCUUUUAGCGUUGAAUAGAAAUUAUUUUUGGGAAAUUGGGGCUUAUGAUCCUGGAAUGGAAAUAUGGGGUGGCGAAAAUCUAGAGAUGUCAUUCAGGGUAUGGCAAUGUGGUGGUUCUUUGGAAUUCCUACCUUGUUCCAGAGUUGGGCAUAUAUACCGUUCAGCACAUCCAUUUGUCUGGCCCGAACACCUGAACGAUACCCACGGCAAAAAUUCUAUCAGGUUAGCCAAGGUGUGGAUGGAUGAGUACGUGAGACUAUUCUAUAUUCACCGACUAGAUUUGAAGGAUGUAGAUAGCGAAGAUUUGGACGUUUCGGAUAGGAUAGCGCUGAGAAAAAGACUGAACUGUAAGAGCUUUAAAUGGUAUUUGGAAAAUGUGUACCCAGAAAAAUUUGUGCCGGAUGAAAAUGUUUUGGCUCAUGGGAAGGUUAAAAACAUAGCUACCCAAAUUUGCUUGGACAUGCUGGGGAAGAAUACAGAAAAAUCUCAAACAUUGAGCAUGUUCAGUUGUCAGUCUCGUAGUUCAGAAGAAUUGUUUUCGUUAGCCAAGGAUGGGAAAUUAAGGGCGGAAGACUCGUGUGCAACAUGCAACACUACUGAACCAGAUAACGGAGCCGUCAUAAUUAUGAGAAAUUGCGAAGUCGAAGACGAUGUACUAAACAUUUGGAAUCAUCCUCUAAAGGGUGGACAAUUAAUACACAAAUUCACUAAAAAAUGUUUGGAUAUGGGCAAUAGACAAUCUGGUCAAGAUCUUUUUCUUAACGAUUGCGCAGAUGUUCCAUCUCAAAAAUGGGAAUUUGAAAAUUAUAUUUAA